GAUACUUUUGUAAGUGGGAGCGGUAUAGAGCUGGGUUACAAAAGGGUGUGUUGCUGCAGAGAGGUAGAGGGUCUCUGCAUCAGGAUCGAAUAUGUGAUUCGAGGAGCUAUUUUCUGGUUUUCUUCUUACUUGGUUGUAUUUGGUUCUUUUGUAUCUUAUACUGAAAAUUUAAACAAAGAGUCUCCGAGACUGUAUUCUGAGACAUGGAAGUAAACCAUUGCACUUGGGCGAACCACGUUAAAAACGCCUCUUGUUCUUUAUUUACUGCACCUUCUUCUUUGCUUUUUGCAGUUUCCUGGAGAGACGUGUUGUCUUCUCAAUUCGUAUUCUCAUCAUACUGAUUGGGCUUUUGGCCUAUCUCAAAGACAACACUCCUCUUUUGUUUUGGUCUCUUGAUAUUUUCUCAAUUCGGGCUCAUUCUCUGUUUCGACCCAUUUUCUUUGUUCGGUUCCUAGAGACUCGAUCAGAAGCAACUGAAAAGUUCUUCUCUUCUUUUAGAUCUCUCCUUCCUUCUUUCUCUUCUCUGCUUGACCUAAUUCGCUCGUCCAGAACCCUUUUACAAGUGGUAUCAGAUCCAUGCCUUGACGAAGCUUGCUGCUGCCAAGGUCUAAGAUCCAAUGGCUUCUAGCACGUUCGGACAAGCUGCUCUGAAUCAUCCUCCAAUUUUCACUAGGGCAAAUUACACUGUUUGGAAAAAAGAGGAUGAAGCAAUUCAUGUGGGGAGUAGACGAAGAGUUAUGGCUGAUAGUUCAGAAUGGUCCCAUUCAAAUGAAUGCAGAUGAACAAAAUCUGUGGUCAGCAGCUCAAAAGAAAAGUGCAUAGCUCAAUCAAAGAGCUAUGCAUGUUCUCCAAUCGGCUAUGAAUCCGGAUGAAGCAGAUCAAGUCGAGAACUGCGAGACUGCUCAAGAAAUCUGGCUCGCUCUGGAAAGCACGUAUAAAGGUACUUCGAAUAUCAAAGAGUCUCGUAUAGAUAUUUUAAUGCAUGAAUUUGAAUCAUUUGCUAUGAUAGAAGGAGAAGGAAUACAUGAAAUGUAUUCUCGCUUACUGUGCUUACCAAUAAACUUAAGGGCCUGGGUAGAUCAUUUCAUAUUAAGGAGUUGAAUCCCAAAAUUCUUAGAUAAUUGCCCAAAGAAUGGUUUCCUAAACGGAUUGCUAUUGAGGAAGCUAAGAAUCUGACUACUUUGCCUACUAAUGAAUUGAUAGGAUCGCUAUUAAGUCAUGAACUUGUUAUUAGGCAGGUUGGGCAAGAAGAUGAGAAACGUUAAAAGAAUUUAGCUUUCAACUCAAAGACUAUAUGUUAAGACUCUGAUAGUGAAAACGACUUUGAUAAAGAAUAUGAUCUUGUUAGUAAGAGAUUUCAUAGGAUGCUGAAGUUUAAAAAUGAUCAAAAACGGUACUCUGAGGAGUCAAGACCUGUGUCUUAUGAUCGUAACAAAUCCAAUUUUCAAGAAAGGCUGCCUCAACAGCAGACCAGACAUAUUGAAACAGGUCAGCAGAACAGGGAACCUCAGGCAUGCUACAAAUGUGGGAAGUUUGGUCACAUUAGGGCAAACUGUCCCUUAACCAUUCGUGCAAAAGAAAAGGCCAUGAAGGCAUCUUGGAGCGAUUAUGACUCAGAGCCAGAAGCAAAUCAAUCAGAUGAAGAGGCAUACAUGGCUACUGAAGUUUGUCAUGAAGCAACUGAGAUUGCUCUCCAAUCAAAUCAUUCUGAUCAAGACAACAAACGGUGGUACUUAGACAGUGGAUGUUCUCAUCACAUGUCUGGUAAGAGAUCUCUUUUCUCAACUAUAACGCUUAGCUAUGGAGGUAAAGUUCUGUUUGGAGAAUGGUCAUGGUAACAUUAUGGGUUGUGGAACUAUAGGAACACAUCCAUCACCCUCAUUUCGAGAUGUCUUGCUUGUUGAAGGACUUAAACAUAACCUGUUGUCUAUCAGUCAACUCUGUAGCAACGAAAAUCAAGUUGCCUUCAAAGUAGAUCAUUGCAUUGUCGAAAGAGUUAAGGAUGGAAAAGUUCUAUUUGUGGGUAAUAGAAUAAAAAAUAUGUAUGUGAUAGAUCUGAAUGACUUGGAUGCCUUUAAUGAAACCUGUUUUGUGGUUUUAAGUCAACAGGAAUUGUUAUGGCACAGGAAGUUGGGUCACAUAAGUCUGCCUAAAUUGGUAGUCCUGUCCAAAUCCAAUUGUGUUCGUGGAGUUCCUCAUUUAAAAGAAAAAACAUAUUUCUUUUGUGAAACCUGUAUCUCGUGGAAACAUUCCAUAAAAGCUUUUAAACCUAGACCAGAUAGUCACAAAUGGAGUAUUUGAGUUAAUUCAAUGGACCUUUUUGGACCAUCCAAUGUGACAAGUCUGGGUGGUAAAAGCUAUGUUUUUGUCUUAGUUGAUGAUUAUUCACGCUAUACUUGGGUUUAUUUCUUAUCUCAUAAGGAUGAAACUCUGAGAAAAUUCAAAACCUUUUGUAUCGUGGUCAACUAAAGACCAUAAAAAGUGACAAUGGUGGUGAAUUUAUAUCAGAUGAGUUUGAGGUUCUGUGUAAUGAAUCCGGGAUAACUCAUACCUUUUCUGCCCCUAGGACUCCACAACAGAAUGGAGUUGUUGAAAGAAAAAAUAGAACCAUCAUUGAAUGUGCUCGCACCAUGUUACUUGAAUAUAACUUGCCAAAAUUCUUUUGAGGUGAAGCUGUUAGUACAGCCUGUUAUGUGAUCAAUAGGGUUCUUCUUCGAAAAGGUAUAAAUAAAACCCCUUAUGAGAUAAUGAAAAAGAAGACACCAAACUUGUCUUAUCUACAUUCGUUUGGUUGUCCCUGUUUUAUUCUUAAUACUAAAGAUCAUCUAGGAAAGUUUGAUGCCAAGUCUGAUAAGGCUAUCUUUCUUGGAUAUUCUAUAAAGGGACAAGCCUAUCGUGUCUACAAUAAACGUACUAAGAAAGUGGAGGAAUCUGUUCAUAUUGUGUUUAACGAUUCAUCUAAUCUAAUGAAGGAUUCUGAUCAAGAUUUGCUAGUUUAUGAUAUGUUGGAACUAACUCGUGACAAUAGUGAAGUUCACUUAGACAAGGAAACAGGAUCUUCAUCAUCAAAGGAAGUGUCUCGAGAUAAGACUGCUGAUUCUCCUAGUAAUACAGAGACAUCCAAAGCAUCUGAGCACAUUGAGAGCCGACCUGCUGCCCCUCCUCAUAUACAGAAACGACACCCUGUUGAUCAAGCCAUAGGAGAGCUCAAUGACAAACUCAGAACCAAAGGUAAGUAUAUUCCUGGCCAGUAUGCUUUUGUGUCUCAAAUUGAACCUAAGAAUUAUAAAGAGGCAUUAAAGGAUGAGGAAUGGACGCUUGCUAUGCAAGAAGAGUUAACCCAAUUUGCCUAUCUGCAUGUUUGCGACCUAGUUCCCCGUCCUAUAAAUCAAACAAUUAUUUGUACCAAAUGGAUUUUUAGAAAUAAAUCAGAUGAAGAUGGCAUUAUUAUUCGUAAUAAGGCUCGUCUUGUAGCUCAAGGGUAUUGUCAAGAGGAAGGAAUAGACUAUGAUGAAACGUUUGCACCUGUGGCACGUUUAGAGUCUAUUAGAUUAUUAUGUGCUUAUGCUUGUUACAUGAAAUUCCCUUUGUUUCAAAUAGACGUCAAAAGUGUUU